GUUCUGCCGCUUCGUGUGGAAAACACCGGUCAGUCCGGAUCAGGAGUGAAUCAGAAUUUACUCGGUGUAUUUGAACAUGGAAGCAAAGACGGAGAGUAAAUAAAGAGUUCGACAGAGUCUGACUGUAAAAGGAAGAGAUAGAAAGAGCAGCCGGCCGAGACAUGUCUCCGGCAGAGAGGAUGAAGCUUCUCCUCUUCCUGGCGUCGUUCUUCGGAGCCGUAGGAUCUCUGCUCAUGCUGCUCUGCUGCGGCACCGAGUACUGGCUGCUGGCUGCGGAGUCCUGCAGCCGACCCGAGGACAGACGUGAGAGCGGAGGAGACGAGAUGAGGAUCUUUCACGAGGGUUUGUUCUGGCGAUGCUCCUUCGUGGUCACUUCCCAUGAGUUCUCAGUGUGGGACCUGUGGAUCUCCAAUCAGCCGUCGUCAAAGGUUUGCCAGGCGGCCUUCCUCUUCCCGUUUCCUGUGAACGAGCCAGUGAGAUCCCAGAUGGACGCACUUCCUCCUGAGCCAUACGAACAUCCCUCCGCCAUUGUGUUCAGGACCUUCUGGAGCAUCUUCCUCGUCUCAGGUUCGGUUUCUGUCAUCACAGGCGGGUUUGUGCUCAUCUCCGCCGGCUCGUUGACCAAUCACAAGCUCGUUAAAGCCGGUGGGGCCCUUCAGCUGUGCGGGGGCCUGUGUCUUCUGGCCGUACUGUUGAUGUACCUGAUGUGGAUCCAGGUCCUGGACACCCUGGAGCAGUUUGUCCUCCACCAGAGUGUCUCCACCUGUCCCUCCUUCCACCUCAGCGUCCAUCAUGGUCCCUCCUUCCUCCUGGCUCCAGCGGCCGUCUUCUUCUGCCUGCUCGCCGGCCUGCUCUUCGUCCUGAUUGGCCGGAUUGUUCAGCGGGACCAGAAAAAGGACAGAGUUCCUGAAACUUCGUUGUAGGAUCCAGUUUUUUUAUCCAGGCUGAAACUGUGAUUGACAGGAGGUCACUCAGCGAUGACCAAAAUCAAAAAUGUGGAUCCCUCCCCCCGGUGAAGAUAAUUGGAAUCCUUAAUUGGAGACUUGUCAUUGUAAAUAGUUUUUCUAAUCUAUUUAACAGAUCCCAUUGUGAUUAAUACCCCGAUACACUCGCUCUGGUUUGAUUAUAAUUGAUGAAUCAGUUUUGACAAAGAAGUGGCGGGCGUGCGGGUGCUGGGCCGCUGGUGUGCACGUUGAAGGAUUGAGUGGGAUGAGAGUGAGCGGAGCUGCCUGUCACCGGGACGUCAGGCUGAAGCACACUGGGUCACAGGGAUGGAGAUAAUAAUAAAUUAGACUGUCAUAAUCCAUUUUCUGACAGGAGGCCACUUCAGGGACGCCUCCUGGGGUGUGUAAGACACUCAGCGGUCACUAGAGGACAGUGUUGUCUCGGGAUAACGUUGGGAGCAGUUGUUGAAGUGUCCACGUCAGAUCAGGCCUGUGGACGAUAUAUGUGACAAGUGAUGGGGGGGGGUUUAAUUCUCCUGGCGAAUUAAAGACACCGACUUUUGUGUU